AUGCCCCGUAGCCGGGACGAAAUGCAAGUAAACGUGGCGGGCUUAAGGAGGAAUAUUAAAAAUCUUGCGCACAACUAUUCUGAUGCCCAGGUUAAAGUGCGCGAAGCAACCUCGAACGACCCAUGGGGGCCCUCCAGCACCCUCAUGGCGGAGAUCGCCGAUCUCACGUACAACGUGAUGGCGUUCACGGAGAUCAUGCAGAUGAUCUGGAAGCGGUUGAACGACCAUGGCAAGAACUGGCGUCACGUGUACAAGGCGCUAGUGCUCAUGGAGUACCUCAUCAAGACCGGGAGUGAGAAGGUCGCCAUGCAAUGCAAAGAGAACAUAUUUGCCAUCCACACGCUGAAGGAUUUUCAGUAUAUGGAGGAAGGGAAGGAUCAGGGUCUGAACGUCCGCGAGAAGGCGAAGCAACUGGUGAACCUCUUAAAAGACGAUGAGCGGCUGAAGAACGAACGAGCUCGAGCAUUGAAGGCGAAGCAGCGCUUCGCACAAGGUGCCAGCGCCUUUGGCAGCGACGCCGCCUUGGAUACGCCCUCCAGUCCCACUUUCCCUGGGAUGGAGAGCGACGUGGCGUCGGCCGGGUCGCGCGGGUCAUGGGGCGCGCGGUCGCGCGAGGCGGAGCUGGCGCGGCCGCUGACGGCGGGCGAGGAGGAGCUGCAGCUGCAGCUGGCGCUGGCCAUGUCGCGCGAGGAGGCCGAGCGCGACGAGCGCCGCCGCCGCUCCGACGACGUGCGCCUGCAGCUCGCCAUCAGCCAGUCGCAGCACGACCUGCAGACACAAACGGUCGAAAAGAAACCAGAGCCUGCUCAGCAGUCGCACUUACUGGACUUGCUGGAUGUAAAUCUGAGUCCCAGCGCAUCAGCAGCCCCUGCGGCACCAUUGGAUCCAUGGGGUUUACCUUCACCCCAGCAUAAUAGACAGUCACUGAAUUUGGAUCUCAGUAUAUUCUCUGACUCUAUGGAGCGGGCGGGCGACGCGGGGCGCGCGGGCAGCCCGCGGGACGUGUGGUCCGCCCCGCCGCAGCCCCCGCCCGACCCCUGGGCUCCCGUGCAACAGAGUAAGUCGUUGUCGGCGGUGAGUGGAGUGCCGGCGAUGUCUGCGGUGUCGCCGGUAUCGGCGCUGUCGUCGCCGAGCUCGGGCGAGCUGGAGCAGUUCGACGCGCUAUCGCAGCGCCCGCGCGCGCAGCCGCCAGCAGACAAUGACCCCUUCGACCUCUCGCUGCUCGGUGACAGUCUGAGCGCGAAGCCGGCGGGCGUGAAGAAGUCCCCGUCCGCGUUCCUCGGCGAGAACUCAGCGCUGGUGAACCUUGAGAGGCUGCUGCAGCCCGCCGCCGAGCCGCCAGCGCCCAACCCCUUCGCGCCCGACCCGCCGCUGCAGCCGCCCCCCCGGCUAACUAUAAACGAGUUGAAGCAACAACAAAUGGGACUCGGCACCGGUCUGGCGUACCCCCCCCAUGGCAGCGAGUGGCAGCGUGGCAGACCCGUGGGCGCCGGUGCCGGUGGCAGCGCGGGCCGCGUCGCCCUGGUCGCCGCCGCCACAGCGCCACACGCCCAACCCCUUCCUCUCCUAGCCACUGAUUGGAGGCUAAAGCAGUGGCGGCCUCACUGUAACCCACUCCGGACUAAGACGGUGGCAUCCAGACAGACGAGCAGCCAGAGCUGCACACAACUUGCUCCGGACCUGCUGCAGCCGAGUGCCGCAGCUCGUGUGUGUGCGUGA